AUGGAUGAAGAACAAUUGGAUCUCAGCGGAGAAGAAGAAGAAAUAACGGCAGAUGUUGUGUUAAAAACAAUUCAAACUUCGUGGCAGAAUGAAAGAUUGUCUCCUGAAAUUUUACCCCACCGCAAUGAUAUGGUAGAAUGCAUGUUGGGUCAAAUUCAACACAUGGAGCGAAAUAUAAACAAAUUGCCGAAAACAGAUCUACGAACUUCUAUACACAAAAUGGAAUUGAGUAGAAUAAAAUAUAUCAUUUGCAAUUACCUCAAAACUAGACUCGAAAAAAUCGAACAAAAUUGUAUUAUAAUAAUAAAUGAUGAGAAACAAAGAAUAGAAUCGGGUACAAAUUAUUUGACGCCCUUAGAAUAUAGAUAUGCACAAGAACAUUUGCUUAACAUUGAACACCAUUUGAAGCAGACGAUUCUCAAUCAGGUGCCGGGAAAUAUGCAGGUGUUUGAAAUAAAUAAAAUGUCAACAGUACCAAACUUACAGUCACAUGUAUUUCUGAAGGCAAAUGAAACUGUUCAUGGUAUAGUUUUAGAAGACCAUUUUGGCGAUCAAGAUGAAGAAAUUGAUUUGGAAGAGGGUUCACAGCACAUUUUACAAUACAAGUUCAUAGCAGAUUUAGUUAAAAAUGGAAAAGUUCAGUUAAUAUAA